GCCAAAGUGGCUGGCGCGGAGGAUUCUGUUGCCGAGUCCGGGAGGAGGAGCCCCGGGCGUGAGGGACGCUGCGAUGAGGACCGUGGUGACGUGGAAAGAUAAAAGCGAUCAAUGUAUCUAUGACCUCACAUUUAAGCCUGAUGGAACUCAACUGAUUGUGGCUGCAGGAAGCAGAUUACUGGUUUAUGACGCCUCUGAUGGCACCUUACUUCAGCCCCUCCGGGGACACAAAGACACUGUAUACUGUGUGGAAUAUGCAAAGGAUGGCAAACGCUUUGCUUCUGGGUCAGCUGACAAAAGUGUUAUUAUCUGGACAUCAAAACUGGAAGGCAUUCUGAAGUACACGCACAACGAGUCUAUCCAGUGUGUCUCCUACAACCCCGUCACUCACCAGCUGGCAUCUUGUUCCUCCAGUGACUUCGGACUGUGGUCUCCGGAACAGAAGUCUGUCUCCAAGCACAAAGCCAACAGCAAGAUCACCUGCUGCAGCUGGACAAAUGAUGGCCAGUACCUGGCUCUGGGGCUGUUCAACGGUGUCAUCAGCAUACGGAACAAAAACGGUGAGGAGAAAGUGAAGAUCGAGCGGCCGGGGGGCGUCUACUCCCCCGUGUGGUCCAUCUGCUGGAGCCCGUCCAGAGAGGAACACAAUGACAUCCUGGCUGUGGCUGACUGGGGACAGAAACUUUCCUUCUACCAGCUGAGUGGGAAACAGAUUGGGAAGGAUCGGCCACUGAACUUUGACCCCUGCUGCAUCAGCUAUUUCACGAAGGGAGAAUACAUUUUGAUGGGGGGGUCAGACAAACAAGUGUCCCUUUUCACCAAGGAUGGAGUACGGCUUGGGACGAUCGGGGAGCAGAGCUCCUGGGUGUGGACAUGUAAAGUGAAGCCUGACUCCAACUAUGUGGCCAUAGGCUGCCAGGAUGGCACCAUUGUCUUGUACCAGCUGGUCUUCAGCACAGUCCACGGGCUCUACAAGGACCGUUACGCCUACAGGGACAGUAUGACCGACGUCAUUGUGCAGCACCUGAUCACCGAGCAGAAAGUUCGGAUUAAAUGCAAAGAGCUUGUCAAGAAAAUUGCCAUCUACAAAAAUCGAUUAGCUAUCCAACUGCCAGAGAAAAUCCUCAUCUAUGAGUUGUACUCAGAUGACUCGUCAGACAUGCAUUACCGGGUGAAGGAGAAGAUGGUCAGGAAGUUUGAGUGCAACCUCCUGGUGGUCUGUGCCGACCACAUCAUCCUCUGCCAGGAGAGGCGGCUGCAGUCUCUGACCUUCAAUGGAGUGAAGGAGCGGGAGUGGCAGAUGGAGUCUCUAAUCCGGUACAUCAAGGUGAUCGGAGGCCCUCCCAGAAGGGAAGGGCUGCUAGUGGGCCUGAAGAAUGGACAGAUCCUGAAGAUCUUUGUGGACAAUCUCUUUGCUGUCGUCCUGCUGAAGCAGGCCACGGCCGUGCGCUGCUUGGACAUGAGUGCCACCCGGAAAAAGCUGGCCGUGGUGGACGAAAAUGACACGUGCCUGGUGUAUGACAUCCACAGCAAGGAGCUGCUUUUUCAGGAACCCAAUGCCAACAGCGUGGCCUGGAACACCCAGUGUGAGGACAUGCUGUGUUUCUCGGGAGGGGGCUACCUCAACAUCAAGGCCAGCAACUUCCCUGUGCACCAGCAGAAGCUGCAGGGCUUCGUGGUCGGCUACAAUGGCUCCAAGAUCUUCUGCCUGCACGUCUUCGCCAUGACUGCCGUGGAAGUGCCGCAGUCUGCUCCGAUGUACCAGUACCUGGAAAAGAAAAUGUUCAAAGAAGCCUACCAGAUUGCCUGCUUGGGUGUGACAGACACUGACUGGCGUGAGCUGGCCAUGGAGGCUCUAGAAGGACUAGAGUUUGAAACCGCAAAGAAGGCCUUCACCAGAGUCCAAGACCUGCGCUACUUAGAGCUGAUCAGCAGCAUCGAGGAGAGGAAGAAGCGGGGCGAGAGCAACAAUGACCUGUUUCUGGCAGAUGUGUUCGCCUACCAGGGGAAGUUCCACGAGGCCGCCAAACUGUACAGGAGGAGCGGGCACGAGAGCCUCGCACUGGACAUGUACACCAACCUCUGCAUGUUCGAUUAUGCCAAGGAUUUCCUUGGAUCUGGAGACCCCAAAGAAACAAAGAUGCUAAUCACCAAGCAGGCUGACUGGGCCAGGAAUAUCCACGAGCCCAAAGCGGCCGUGGAGAUGUACGUCUCCGCGGGGGAGCACGCCAAGGCCAUCGAGCUGAGCGGCGACCACGGCUGGGUUGACAUGUUGAUCGACAUUGCCCGGAAGCUGGACAAGGCUGAGCGGGAGCCCCUGCUGAUGUGUGCUCGCUACUUCAAGAAACUGGACCACCCUAGCUAUGCCGCUGAGACCUACCUGAAGAUCGGCGACCUGCGGUCCUUGGUGCAGCUGCACGUGGAGACCCACCGCUGGGAUGAGGCCUUUGCGUUGGGCGAGAAGCAUCCCGAGUUCAAGGAUGACAUCUACGUGCCCUACGCUCAGUGGUUAGCAGAGAACGAUCGCUUUGAGGAAGCCCAGAAAGCCUUCCAUAAGGCCGGGCGGCAGAAAGAAGCAGUCAAGGUGCUGGAGCAGCUCACACACAACGCCGUGGUGGAAAGCAGAUUCAAUGACGCCGCCUAUUAUUACUGGAUGCUGUCCAUGCAGUGCCUUGACAUAGCUCAAGCAGAUCCCGCCCAGAAGGACACGAUGCUCAACAAGUUCUACCACUUCCAGCACCUGGCCGAGCUGUACCACGGCUACCAUGCCAUUCAGCGUUACACGGAGGAGCCCUUCAGCUUCCACCUUCCAGAAACCCUCUUCAACGUCUCCAGGUUCCUGCUGCACAGCCUGACCAAGGAUGCCCCCUUGGGCAUCUCUAAAGUAAACACGCUCUUCACCCUGGCCAAGCAGAGCAAGGCCCUGGGGGCCUACAAGCUGGCCCGGCACGCCUACGACAAGCUGCAGGGCCUGCAGAUCCCCGCGCGCUUCCAGAAGCCCAUCGAGCUGGGCAGCCUGACCAUCCGCUCCAAGCCCUUCCACGACAGCGAGGAGCUGGUGCCCCUGUGUUACCGCUGCUCUACCAACAACCCCCUGCUGAACAACCUAGGCAACGUGUGCAUCAACUGCCGCCAGCCCUUCGUCUUCUCCGCCUCCUCCUACGAGGUGCUGCACCUGGUGGAGUUCUACCUGGAGGAGGGCAUCACCGACGAGGAAGCUGUCUCGCUCAUUGACCUGGAGGCCCCCAGGCCCAAGCAGGGCAGCAAGUGGCAGGAGAUCUCGAGCAACAAUUCCCAGGCGCUGAGGCUGGACGAGACCGUGGACCCCGUGGGAGACACGGACGACCCGUUCACCGCCAAGCUGAGCUUCGAGCAGGGCGGCUCGGAGUUCGCGCCGGUGGUGGUGAACCGGUCGGUGCUGCGCUCCAUGAGCCGCCGCGACGUCCUCAUCAAGCGCUGGCCGCCCCCGCUGCAGUGGCAGUACUUCCGCUCCCUGCUGCCCGACGCCUCCAUCACCAUGUGCCCCUCCUGCUUCCAGAUGUUCCACUCGGAGGACUACGAGCUGCUGGUGCUGCAGCAUGCCUGCUGCCCCUAUUGCCGCCGGCGCAUCGAGGAGCCGGGCCCGUGACCAGCGCCAACGCCACCCAAGCCAGCGCCUCGGGCGGGGCCUGGUCACCUCUACAGAACUCCUGUGUAUGGCGUGGCGUGGCGUGCC